ACUCGGCGCGUCAUAUGGAGACGCCGCGAGAGGCGAGAGGGGCGAACUCACAGCCAGAGGGACGAGCGGGUUCAGAGAGCUUAACUUAGGCAGCGACCCCCGAACCAGGGUUUGGAGGAUGGGGGCUUGACGAUCGCUAAACGCAGUUCUUUGUGGGAAUGAGGUCACAGAAUCACUACCCCGCAUCUCAGGAUCUGGCUUCCUCCCUCGCACACACUUGGCCUGUUAUGAUCCUUACACUGAGCUCUCAGUCCUGGCAGCAGGAAGAAGUCCGUGAGUAUUUUCUAUUUCAGUCUGAGAGAAGUGGGAAGGUUAGGAGCAGUAUCAGGAAUCUAGGUAGGUGUGCGUGUCUGGAAAUGCGAUCCAGUGGCAAAACUGUACAGGAAGGAGGAAUACUUCCUGAGGCAUGGGGCGAGCAUGUGGAGAGAGACGGGAGGUCUGAGACUCUAAAACAACCCAUGGCUGCUGCUGCUAAUGUGAUUAAUAAAAUCUUCGUUUAUGGGGUUUGUGGUGUUUGAUCCAAGUGCUAUCAAAGUCUGAAUUUUAAGAUGCUUCAAGAUUAUAAUUUCAGAGUUAAUCUACUACUCAAUACGGUGUGCAAAAGCCACAGAGACAUCUUCAGGAUCAGGGUCAUGAUGUCUGUAAAAGCUGUGUACAUGUGAUAAUGAGUAUCAUGGAACUAAUGGAAUGAUCUAAUUCUCAAUAGAAACAGUGUGACUGAAUGGCAAUUGCUGAAAUAUAAUUAUUUUUCUGUCAUUCGGGUGUGAUGUGCUUAAUGGAGACAGUAAAUGUUUCUCUACUGGGAAUAUCUGUGGUCUGCUGAUCAUGGAAAGCCUAUUUUCCUUCGUGAAAUUAGGCUGGGAAUAUCUGUGGUCUGCUGAUCAUGGAGAGACUAUUUUCCUUCGUGAAAUUAGGGAAGGUCCUUUAAAAAAUGUUAACGUCACAAUAGAGGAUUUCAGAAUGCAAAACAUUUUUUAAAAAUUAAUUUAAAAUAUAAUUUCAUCAGAAAAAAAUUCCAUGCCUUCAAAUUCCAGUUUGCUUAUUGCUAUUGUCUUUUAAUAGCUUUCCCGAAUCAAAUAUUAAUUCAAGUUCCAGUUAGUUUUUUCUAAAAUACUAAAUAUAUAUUAUCUUUAAAUAAGAUUAACUUAUUUUCUGCCCUAAAGUGCUUAUUGCAUGUAUGUUUUGUGUCCCCCAUUUUAGUGCGCAGUCCAAUUUUGUAUAAUAAUUUCUGUAAUGAGUGCCAUUGUAUUUUUGGUCCAGGUGGAAAAUGGACGGAGUUUUUCUGUUGCCGUCCUAACAUUUAUCCACAUUAAAUAAAUCAAAUUGGGUCAUGUAUAAUUAUUUAGUGCAUCUAUAAUUUAUUAAGACCUCUGAAUCUUCACCCCUAAGUUAUGUUAGUCUAAAGAACAAAUAUUUAGACAAAAAUGGGACAUUAUCAAACCAAGUUUAUAAAGUAAUAUAAAUUUAAAAUAUGACAAGAUAUAUAUAUGUGUUUAGAGCAGAACUAGGUAACUGUAAUAAUACAGUACAGUAGUAAACACGCCUGUCAUUGCAACCAGCCUACCCAGUGCUAUUUAGAUGAGUCACUUUAGCUCUCUUUGGUUAAAGUCUCCUAGUCUGUAAAAGGAGAGUAAUAUUAGUUCCUAACUCACAGAGUUGUGAAUGUGAAAUAAGUUGGAAUAAGUAAAACAUUAACAAAAGUGACCAAACAGCAUAAGUGCUAUCAAAGGAAAUAUGGGAAAUUUCUUAACAAAAGAAAAUAUACUUUAUAUAUUAAUUCAAAGAGGGCAGGAGAUUUUAUUUUCCAUGAAAAUGUAGCCCAGAACUCUUGUUUCCAUUCAGAACCCUCUGCUUGUGGAUUUGAAUAUUGAGCCUUAGAAAAUGACAGAAUGGUCUCUAUGGACUGGAAAAUAGGAACCAUCUUCCUACUCCAGGUAGUCGUUGGAAUCCUGUGGAAUUUCUCACCCUUAUAUCAUUAUAUGUCCCUUUACUUUGGGGGAUGCAAGCCAAGAUCCUCAGAUUUGAUUCUCAGACACCUGUCUGCAGCCAAUUCCUUGGUCAUUCUCUCUAGAGGAAUCCCAGAGACAAUGGCAGCUUUGGAGUUGUAACAUUUUGCCAAUAAUUCUGGAUACAAAGUUCUUUCAUAUGUUCAUAUAGUAGCCAGGGGUGUGUCCAUUGGUACCAGCUGUCUCCUGAGUGUCUUCCAGGCCAUUACGGUCAGCCCUGGGAACUCCAGGUGGGCAGAGCUUCAAGUAAAAGCCCCAAAGUACAUUGACCCCUCCAAUAUCCUGUGCUGGGUGCUCCGCAUGCUGUUAAAUAUGUUUUUUCCUAUUUAUAUGACUGGUAAAUGGAGCAACAAAAACAUUACAGAGAGUGAUUUUGGAUAUUGUCUUGCUCCACUGCAUGACAAGGUUGUAGACUCAGUAUGUACAGCAUUGACGUCUUUCCAUGAUGAUUUGUGUUUGGGACUCAUGACCUGGGCCAGCAUCUCCAUGGUUUUCAUUCUGUACAGGCAGAAGCAGCAAGUCCAAUGCAUUUGUAGAAACAGCCUCUCCCGUAUAUCCUCCCUUGAGACCAAAGCCACCCAAAGCAUCCUCGUUUUGGGGACCAUCUUCCUAUCAUUUUAUGCCCUCUGCUCCAUCAUUUAUGUUUAUUUGCUCUCUAAUAAUUCCAGCUGGUGGCUGGUGAACAUUGCUGUACUAAUUACUGCAUGUUUUCCAGCUAUUAGCCUUUUUGUUCUCAAGAGCCGUGACUCCAGCAUAUCCAGGCUCUACUGUGUCUGCUGUGGAAGAAAUGCACAAUGUCCUCAUCUCAUUAGAAAAAUAUAAAUGGUUUGUCUUGCACCAUGUUCAGUCAUUGAUGCCCUCAGACUUCCAAGAACCUUAACAAUUAUGAACCAUUUUCAUUACAGAGAAAAAGGUGAACAAGACCAAUUGACACUGGCCUAAUAUGAAAUAGUAAAUAACAAUAGUUAUGGUAAAUGAAAUCUCAUGUAAUUAAUAUGUAUGUACUUAUAUAGUUUUAUUUUUAUUAAUGCUUGCAGUGGAAAAGUUAGAUUUCAUAAAACAGUCCUGAAAUAAUGUAAAGAUACUGGAAAUGUCUUGGAAUGUGUAACUUUCAAUCUGAGAUAUUAAAUUUUUCCAAGAGGUACCUGAGCUUGGAAUUGUAAGGAAAGUUGCAUAAAAAGGAAUAGCAUGUGGAUAGUUUUUCAAGAAAUUGAGGGUGGGGACAAUGGCCCCAAUUUGUGAUACAAAUGGCCUAGGGCAAAACUGGAGGGAAAAUUACGUUUUAGUUAUUGCAGGCCUCGGAGGCUGGAUUGUGACUAUUGUGCCUUACAUCCUAAGAGGAAUUGUGGGCAUUUGAAAUGUGAUAAUGUUUAUGGUGAAGAUUAGCAUAUUAAAAUAUUUUCAGGUAUACAUUUGAAGAGUAAACUGCGGGGGACAAAGAAUGCAGGAAGAUAUGUCAGCUGAAUUUUAAAAAGGGUGCAGGUGGGAUGCAGCAAGUGAACAGAGAAUUGGUAUAUGGGAAAAGAUUGAAUGGAUUUGGGGGAUGUUUAGAAGGUAGAUUAUUCUGUUAAAUCUUGUGGCAUUUGGCUACAUUGCCAAGAAAGAGGUCUCAGGAUGGACUUCUGCAUUUCCAACUUGAGGAUGCAAGUUUGUGGAGGAACUUUCACGAAGCUUGGAGCACUAGAUGAGUAGCAAUUUGGAGCUGAAAGACAUGAACAUAUUUUGUUUAAUAAGAGUUUUAUUGCUUUUGAAAUCACCAAGGAAGGAAAAUGGACACCUUCGAAAGAAAAAAAACAGGAUGUUUACUCAAACGUAGAAAUAUUUUAAUAUAAUUCUGUUAUGAAAAAAUAAACGUUUGCAAUUUUUAAAAGUAAACGUUUUAUUUUGAAAUGCCUUUAAAUCUGCAGAAGAUUUGCAAAGAUAACACAGAACGUUCCCAAAUAUCCCUCACCCAGUACCUGAAAUGUUAACAUUUUAACUUUACCAUGGUACAUUUUCAAAACUAAGAAACCAGUGUUGGUACUGUGAAAGAUGACAUGGGGGCAGCCAUAUUAAAGGAGAGCCAUGGCAGCCAUUUCAGAGGAAUCACCUUGCACAUCUUGUCUUAUCUUCCAAACUGGACCGAACCGCCAACGUUCCAAGAAGUCAGUAAGGACAAGAAUAUCCUGUUUGUAAGGACUGAUGAAAUUGGACUUGGCUGAUGACCGAGUCACCAACCAAUCAAGGAAGUACAAGCCUACCCUUUGGCCUGAUGACAAAAUCUCAAGUUAAUCUAUGAAGUACAAACCUAGCCUUACCUCAUCUAGCACCAAUGAACUCUUCUUUAAUACAACUUACUUCAUCUGUGUCCCUUUUGCCCAUAAAAACCCUGAGCCCUCUUUCUGUAAUUGGGACACUUUGCGUUUCUACCUGAAUCUGUGCUCCUCCAAUGGCAAUUCUUUGAUCCCAGAUAAACACUGCCUCUUUAACUGCUUUCUGUUUUUGUAGGUUGGCAGUACAUUGCUAUUUACUAAUCUCCAGAAUUUAGUUACAUUUCACCCAUUUUACAACAGUCAUUUUUCUCUUUCAGGACCCAAUCCGAGAAAUCACAUUCUAUUCAGUCAUCUUGUCGCCCAGUCACUUCUGCUCUUUGAUGUUUUUUCAGUCUUUCCUUGUUUUUCAUGACAAGUUUGAGGAACACCGGUUUGACCCAUUUUAGAAUGUCCCUAAAGUUAAAUUUGUGAUGUUUUUCUCAUGGAUAGACUGGGUUGAUAGAUUUUUGAGAGAAAUAUCACAUCUCACUACAGCAUAUGCUAUCAGAGGUUUCAUGCAAUUGACUUUCGUUAUCUCAGGUGACGUUAACCUUGAUCAGUUAGUUAAGAGAGUGGUUACCAGGCUUCUCCACUGUAAAGUUACUAUGCUGUGUGGUGCAUGUUUGGGGUCAAGAUGGGGUGUUGAAUUAAGCUCCACCCACUGGAGGGCUAAGUAACCAUAUACAUUAUUUGCUAUUCUUCUGUGUGAAAGCUAUGUCUCUUCUCUCUCCUGUAGUUAUUAGUUCAAUUAUGUAUUCCUAUCAGCAUGAACUCAUUUAUGCCUAUUUUAUACUUUGUGUUAUAAUUCAAUGUUAUGCAAUUAAUUUUGUGCUUAAAUUGUUCCAGCUUUGGUCAUUGGGAGCCGUGGUAUAAUAAAAAAAUAUAUAUCUGG